AUCGCUUCGUUCCAUUUCGCUCUCUCGAUUUCUCGAUCUCGCCGCAGUGCCGAUAAUUGUGUUAUUUUCGAGUCGCUGAAAAGGCCGAAAAAGUGUGCUUGCUUGUAACCAGAAUUUCUGCUGGCCCACGGGGAUCGAUUCGAAUUGGCCUUGACUUGUGUGGGGUUAAGCUGGCUAACAAAAACGAGCCCAAAGUGCCCAAAAACAACGUGAAAAGGCUGAAAAAACGGAAAAGGUGAAACUGUCUUGCUGGCUGGUGUGCGUUGGUAUGCGUGUGUGCCAGAGUGUGUGCGGCGGUGUGUGCAAUUUUUUUCAUCAUCAUUCCAGUCCGCGUGUGUUUUUUUGUGUGUAAUCCCCUCAAGAAUUUGGCCAAAUCCUGCGUUUCAGCAGUUCCUUUUAAAUUAUUUAAAUUAUUCAAAAUAUUUCUGCUUUGGACGAGCAGGAUAAGAUAAGAGCAAAUAAGAUUCAGGAUAAAGAACCUAAACGGCUUCUCAAGGCCGUACAAUUAUGGGUUUAAAUGCCAAGAGUGUUUGUUCUACCAGCAGCACUGAGCCAAAUGGCAGCAUAGUCACAACCGCCCCCAGCAACGGAGAAGCCAGCAGCAGCAGCAGCAUUGUCGUCGUCGUCAGCAGCAGCAGUAGUAAUAGUAGCAGCAGCAUUAGCCCAAUACCAAUCCCGCAGCGCGAAGAAGAGCUACCGGGAACCUCAGCAGCCUCCAAAAAAGUCGAGAUGUGCUCUUGUGAUAACCAGAACCUUGCAACAUCCACAGCCACAACUUCCAAUGGCAAUAAACGUAAACGGCGUUUAAGCAGCGACUCAAAUGAUGAUGCUAAGGACCCCGAACUCUGUUUUGAGCCUCCAUCGGCCAAGCGCCAGCAGCGACUGCCCGCUCUGUACGGCAGCGACCAGAGCAACCUCUCGUCGGUGGCCUCCUCGGUGUACACUUCGCCCAUCAUCUCGUCCGAUGGCCAGAGCACCCAGGAGCUGCUCAGCAUACGCAGCUCCCCGGCCGAGGAGCUGCCAGAGGCGCCACACAGUCCGCUGCCGGACAGCCCGGAUAGUCCGCCGAGUCCGGAUCGCGGUGCCAAGCAGGCGCCCGUAGUGGUGCGCUACGGAGUGGAGCAGGUGGUGACCACCACAACCGUGGUACCGCAGAAGCCGGAGGACGAUGACCUUUUGGAUGACAGCUGCGAGGAUUACUCGUUCGACGAGGAUGAGGAGGAUGAUGGCGAAGAGGAGGAUGAGGACGAGGAGAUCUACUCGUCCACCAUUUCGCCAGCCUCCUCGGGCUGCAGCCAGCAGCAGGCGGUGAAUGGGGAGCGUACUCCCGGACUGCAGCAGCAUCAGCAGCAGAUGCAGCAUCCGGUCAGUGACCUGAUGAUCAAUAUGACGGCUCCUGUCAAGAUCCUGGACGAUGCGGCACCUUUCAGCUGCAUGUCGCCGGCCGUGGAGAACGCCCUGCGCCAGUGUCCGCUUCCCGCCCUCACCUGGGCCAAUGCCGCCGAUGUCUGGCGCCUGAUGUGCCACCGGGAUGAGCAGGACUCGCGCCUGCGCAGCAUCUCCAUGCUGGAACAGCAUCCCGGCCUGCAGCCCCGUAUGCGCGCCAUCCUCUUGGACUGGUUGAUCGAGGUCUGCGAGGUGUACAAGCUGCAUCGGGAGACCUUCUACUUGGCCGUCGACUACCUAGAUCGCUAUCUGCAUGUGGCACACAAGGUGCAGAAGACCCAUUUGCAGUUGAUCGGCAUCACCUGCCUGUUUGUGGCCGCCAAGGUGGAGGAGAUCUAUCCGCCGAAGAUCGGAGAGUUCGCUUACGUGACGGAUGGCGCCUGCACAGAGCGGGACAUCCUUAACCACGAGAAGAUCCUGCUGCAGGCGCUCGAAUGGGACAUCAGCCCCAUCACCAUUACCGGCUGGCUGGGCGUCUAUAUGCAGCUGAAUGUUAACAACCGCACUCCGGCAUCGUUCUCCCAGAUUGGCAGGCAAAAGGCCGUGGAGGCUGACGAUGCCUUCAUCUACCCGCAGUUCUCUGGCUUUGAGUUUGUGCAGACCUCGCAGCUGCUGGAUCUGUGCACCCUGGACGUGGGCAUGGCCAACUACUCCUACUCGGUGCUGGCCGCAGCCGCCAUCAGUCAUACCUUCAGUCGCGAGGCCGCUUUGCGUUGCUCUGGCCUGGAUUGGCAAGUGAUUCAGCCCUGCGCCCGCUGGAUGGAGCCCUUCUUCAGGGUGAUCUCCCAGAAGGCCACCUACCUGCAGCUGAACGAACAGAACGAGCAGGUCAGCAACAAGUUCGGCCUGGGUCACAUCUGUCCUAAUAUCGUCACCGACGACUCGCACAUCAUCCAAACCCACACCACCACUAUGGAUAUGUAUGACGAAGUUUUGAUGGCCCAGGAUGCGGCGCAUGCGAUGCGUGCUAGGAUUCAGGCCUCCCCGGCUACCGCGCUGCGCGCUCCCGAGAGUCUGUUGACCCCGCCCGCCUCUAGUCACAAGCCGGACGAGUACCUGUGCGAUGAGGGCGAUGAGGCGGCGGCCAGAAGCGGCAUGACCUCCACAUCCACCAGCAACACUGCUAGCAGCAACUGCAGUAGCACCACCACCACCAUCAGCAGCAGCAGCAACAAUCCUGCGACCAACUGCAGCAGCAGGAGCAAUCGCUGAGAGACUGCCAAUGAUCUUGGCCACCAUCCUCUCAUAACUCACCACACACACCCGCCCAAACAGUCUCUACGUUAAGUGUUUCUUAUAUUUAAAUUAUUUUUGUUAAGUGAAAAGUUAUUAGUUGCCUAAUUCCUAUGCUAAACACAUAUUUAAUUUGAAAUUUUCCACGCGCUUAUGUUUCUCAACUCGCGAUAUAUUCAUUUUCCUCGCUCAGUUUUAUAUUUAACUUUGUGUAUUUAUCAGAAAAUCAGAAAUAUAAUUUUAACUGUACACUAUCUAUAAAGCACAAAAACAUACAUAUAUAUAUACACCUAGAGUAUAGCAGACAAGGCAAAACUGAAUUAACCAUUAGACUAAUACCUGCUGAAAAGGGAGCAUAACAAAAGCCAGCUAAAAAUUGUGCACUGAAUACACACUUUGCUGGCGCUUCAAAAAUUUAAGAAACAAAACAAAUUUCGCAUUCAAACAUGUCCAACUGUCCACCAGUCAGUCAGUCAUUCACUAUCAAUCACCGAGAGCAAGAUUAACAAACUAAAACUGACGAAGAGCAGAGCAAAGUACUUGACUAACCAACUAAAAUUAGAUCAUAAGUCGAGGGAAUCGCUAUACAAACAUAAUAACUAAACCGACUAAUGCUGAAUUCUGCAUUUCAUUCGAUAAUUAACCCUACUAACAAUGAAUCAAACAAACACAGGACAACAAGUCCUUAGCUGACAUGGAGUGACAAAGAAAAUAUCAACAUAUGAAUAAAAGAGUUAUAUAACAUGAAUUGGAACGCACAGAAUAGAACAGACUAUAUAAACAAAAAUACAUGUAUGAAUAUACGUCAUUGUACAAUUUUUUUAAUUUAGACUAAUUUGCCAUAAUUUGCUAAGCAAAUAAAUUCUGUACAUAAAGCAAAACACACACAAAACGCACAAAAACAAGAAUUAACCGUAACUGAAACGCAUAUAAUAUAUUAUUAUAUAAGUGUACAAUUCUAUAUAUGGCUUACAAAAAUGUUAUGUACAUUCAAAA